AUGUCGUAUUCUACGCAUUAUUCACAAGAAUUUUACAACUCUACCUUGACUGGACCGGCCUCCAUGUCCAUGUACCGACACUCUACCCCCGUCCUUGCACCUCGUCAACACAUCAAAUCCACUGGACCAGAAAUUGCUCCUGUCAUCGUUCCUUCCAUGCCACCUACCUUUCUAGAAAACUACUAUCAGCGCUCCCACCAAGUUACGGAACCACGCUACCCAAGAAUGAUGACUCACCUUCAACCGUAUUAUUACCCCGUUUCGACCAAUCAACCGCGGCCUAUCCAUCACACGUUGGAAAAUGCAACCAUUACCUAUGACACUUUUGAAACCCGACAAAAAGAUUUGGUCAAAGAUGUGUUUUUCUCGCCUGCUUUUGGCAGUGAAUGUGAUCAAGAUGAGGUGUCUUCGUCUUCGUCAUCCGACACCGCCUCUUCGCCUCGUGAACAUGGCAGUGGUCUCUUCUCCCCGCAGGUCUCGCCCUCCGAUGUCCUGCAGGAGCAGGAUCCACUCUUUUAUUUUGGUCUGGAUCUCGAUACCUCGCUUUUGGAUGAACCCUUUUCCACUCACCAUCCUUGUCACUUUUCGUUACCUUCCUCCUCGCUGGCUUUAUCGCCCGUUGCCUACCAGACCGAUUUACCCACUCCUCCCGCUACCGAAGAUUACAUUCAGUUGACCGGUUCGCUGAAAAGACAACCGGCUUUGGCGGAGGGUCCCGCCGCCAAGAAAUAUUCCCGUUACAUGACUCCGUCCCUGACCCCACCGGCUUCGCCUUUUGAUCAUGACGAUGAAGAUGAAAGUGACCUCGAUCACCCUUUCGACGAUCAAGACGACUCGGAGGAAGAAAUCGAAGAUCAAGAUCGCCACGGACAUUAUUAUCCUCACGCAUUACAGGACCCCGUCACUGAUCAUUUUGGGUUUGACGAAGGGUCAUCUGGGGAUGAAUCCAGUAGUCCCGCCAUUGACACUCAGGAUAUCGUGACGGCUGGCCGCGGUCACCAAGGAUGGGAUGGUGCAAGUGACGAAGAAGAGGAAGUCGAGGGCGAAAACGACGAUCAAGACGAAGAUGAGGAGGUGGAUGACAGUGAUUUGAUGGAAAAGGUGUCUCCUCGACCUACGGCGCAACCAACAAUUUAUCAGAUGUUGACGAUGGCCAAUGUGGAUUGGUGCCGUUAUUGUGGUACGACGGAAGGCGUGAAUUGGCGCCCAGGGCCAUGGGGAAAACGGACGCUUUGCAAUAAGCACGGAUGUGAUUACAAAGGCUACGGAUUUGCGUGCAAAUUGCCCCGUUUGGAUUUGACGAGUUUUGCGUCUGAAUCCAUUGAAGAACGAGACCGCCCUGUACUACAACUAUUUUGUUCAGCUUGCCAGCGACCGGAAUCUUUUGCAGGCAAUGUACUUGUACGAUGUGAAGGAUGUCCCAAAGCGUAUCAUCAGAAAUGUUGUCCCACCGGCCCUCUCGACGACGACCUUGUCGCAAGUGACACUCCCUGGUUCUGCGAAAUGGCCUGCCGUGAAAACGCUCGUCGAAAACGGAUCGUAGUCGAAUUACCGCGCAAACGCUUACCGCUCAUGUGUACACCCAAACCUCACACUUCUUCUUCUUACUCGGACGUGACCAGUCGUCCGCGAUCGUCUUCUCGAUAA